GACCAGCACGAAAUUAGUUGCCCGAAUCCAUUUUUGUUGGUAAUACGCGAGUGCCCACGGUCAAGAAAAGGGUUUUGAAAAAAAAAUCCCUCGAAUCGAUCAUGAAAGUAAUCGCUGCAGGAGCAGCCUUGCUGCUUCUUGUACUAAGUGCAAAUCAAUCAAUUGCCAAUGAUCCCUUUGUCCACAAUUGGCAUUCGGGCCCCAUAAACUGCUACGAAUGCGACAGCCUGGCGGAAUGCUCCGCCAGCUCUGGCACACUGCGCAAGUGCCUCGACAACGAUGCCCAGAGCUGUGUGGCCAUCUUCGACAGCGACGGCGCUGUGGUGCAGCGCGGCUGCAGCGACAACCUGGUGACGAGUUGCUCGGCGGAUCAGGACAAGUGCUACCAGUGCCGCUCCAGUGGCUGCAACAGCCUCCAGACCGACUCGGAGCUGGUCGAUUGCGUGUACUGUGACGCCCAGAGCGACGAUAACUGCGUCUUUGACAUUGAGCUAGUGAAGAAUCGGCGACGAUGCAACCAGCAGUGCAUCACGGCGCUGUAUCCGACCACCAGCGAUGCCAAGGCGCCCCUGGAGCUCGUGCGCACCUGCCUGGACGAUCUGGACUACGAUGAUCGCGAGGCCUGUGCCGAGGGAGCCUUUCCGAAUUGUGUUGCCUGCACGGGAGCCAGCUGCAACCAGGUGGAGCUGGGCGUCCGAGGCAGCUGUAACACCUGCCGCGGCGACUGCUCCAAUCCCCAGCCCCAGACCUGCCGCGCCGUUCCCGCCGACGAUGACGUGGAGCACUGCUUCAUCGAGUUUGACGAGAGUGGGACGCGCACGGCCCAGGGCUGCCUCACCCAGUUCAAUGUCAGCGAUGUGCAGCUGCUGGAGGAGAGCAAACGCCUCUGGUACUGCUCCGGGGCGGACAACUGCAAUGUGGCCACCGCCCUGCCCACGCCCCAGAGCUGCAAACUCUGCAGUUCACACACUGAUGCCGACUGUGCCGUCGAUCCGGACCAGGUAGAGUCCGAGGUGGAGUGCGAGAAUGCGGUGAACACGGACUGCUACGCCAGGAUUCUGGAUAACGGACACACGGAACGCGGCUGCCUGGCGAGUCUCGAGGGGGAGGAGUAUCUGGAUUGCCUGCGCGAGGGCAACACCACGCAGUGCGCCAAGUGCUCCGGAGAGAACUGCAACCUCAAGCUGCAGCCCACCGAGCGCCUGAGCUGUCAGACCUGCGACUCCAGCAAGGACGCCGAAUGCGAGGCCUUGCCAGCCUCCGCUGCCCUCUGCCUGCUGCACACCGACAGCCAGCAGUGCGUGACCAGCCUGGAUCCGGCGGGUAACACCCAGCGCGGCUGCAGUGCCUCGCUCGAGUGCGACUCGAAGAAGCCGCAGAAGUGCCAGCUCUGCUCUGGCCCUGAUUGCAACAAGGUCAAUCUAAAGCGUCUGGAAGACGGCGAUCCGGGACCCUGGCAGCAGGAGCUGCCGCUCAGCUGCCAGACCUGCCUGGACACCGCUGCGUGUGCGGCCAGCACCAUCGAGGAGGUAUCCUGCGCCACCGAGGCGGAGUACUGCAUGACCAUCUUCGAUGCGACGGGUGUGGUCAGCGCUCGGGGCUGCAGCCAGGUGCUGGAGGAGUCCUUCAGUGUGUACUGCGAUGCCAAUGGCGGCAGCUGCCACAACUGCAACUCCAAUGGCUGCAACAAGGCCAGAUCCCUGGACAGCUACAGAGAGUGCAUCUACUGCGAUGCCGAGAACGCCGACUGUGCCCGCAAUCCAGCGGCCGUUGUGGCCAGACGCAGCUGCAAUGGUCAGUGCAUGACUGCCCUGAGAGCCCGCUCCAGCCAGAACACCAUCUACGACACUGUGCGCGGCUGCCUGGACGACAAGGACGAGGCCGAUCAGCAGCGAUGCAUCAACGGCGAGGACAGUGACUGUGUGGCAUGCGACACAGCCGACUGCAACGUGGCGCAGCUAGUUGAGGAAUCGCUCAGCUGCUACCAGUGUGUCUCCAGCGAUGACUGUGCCGAUCCCAGUGCCACGCAGUGCAGUCAAUACGAUCCCGAGGAGCAGUGCUACAUCCUGUUCGACCAGGAUAAUGGCGACAUCACAUCCAUGGGCUGUGUGUCCGACCAGGAGGAGACAUUCGUAGACGACAACUUCUACUCGCUGCUUUUAUGCAACGAGACCAACUGCAACUUCUUCGACAAUCUGCCCACGGCCACCAGGUGCUUGUCGUGCGACUCCUCGGAGGAUGCCAACUGCGCCGUGGAUCCCAGCAAGGUCACACAGAUCGGCACCUGCGGCGUCCUGCCCUACACCAGCUGCAUGAAGCGUGUGACAAAUGGCAUCACACAACGCGGCUGUGUGAGCAGCCUGCCACGCCAGCAGCUGACCGCCUGUCUGGCGGGCAACGGCACCUGCGAAGUCUGCGAGGGCGAUCUCUGCAACACGGCCAUCUAUCCCGCCGAUCGUCGCCAGUGCCAGCGCUGCGACUCUGUCACGGAUCCCAGCUGCUCGUCCGCUCCGAAUGCGGCCAGCGUCUGUCCCUUCUAUCUGGUGGAUGAGGGCUGCAGCGCCAAGCUGGUGAACGGGGAGACCUAUCGCGGCUGCCAGCGGGAGUUCACUUGCGAUGACUCGGACAAGCAGCACUGUCGCCUCUGCGCCGGCAAGGACAACUGCAACGUGGUGGAUCUGGAGAGCUCCUACAUUGGCUAUCCCGGCAAAUGGGCCACGCCGCCCGUCAACUGCUACACCUGCAACGGCACCGAGUGCCAGGGCACCAGCCUGGGUUCGCUGAAGAAGUGCGUCGACAAUGUCGCCCAGAACUGUGACACGGUCUUCGACAGUGCGGGUCUGGUGGUGCAUCGCGGCUGCACGGAUGAGCUGUACGCGGACGCGGACCUCACCCAGUACUGCGACGAGCAGCCCGGCCGGUGCAAGUUCUGCAAGUCGACGGCCUGCAACGAUGCCAGGCAGCUGGACAGCUACGUGGACUGUCUCCUGUGCGAUGGCGCCGAUCAGGCGGAGUGCGUACGCAAUGUGAGCGACGUGACGAGGAGCAUCUCCUGCCAGGGCAGCUGCUUCACCGGCCUCUAUCCGCGCAGCUCGGAGGCCAAUGCCAUACUCGAUCUGGCCCGCGGCUGUCUGGACGAUCUGGAGUACGACGAUCGCUUGGCCUGCACCGGCGGCACCCUGGACCACUGUGUGGCCUGCUCGGGCGCCAAUUGCAACAAUCCCGAUGUGCCCGCCGAUCGCCUCAGCUGCAAUUUCUGUGUGGGAUCCGACUGUGCGGACACCGUCAGUCAGCAGUGCCUCGGCUACCGGGCCGCCGAUCAGUGCUACAUUCAUGUGGGCGACCUCAGCAUCGAGAAUAUGGGCUGUGCCUCAGAUCUGGAGGACGCAUUCCUGCUGGCCAAUCGCCGCGAUCUGUUGCUGUGCUCCGGCGACAACUGCAACACCAAGGACAAGCUCAAUACCGUCGGUGUGUCCUGCAACAUUUGCAACUCCACCGGCGACGCUGGCUGUGUGGCUGGUGAUGCACCCGUAGCGGCGGCUGUCUGUCAGCAUUACAUCAAUCCGGAAUGUUACAGCCACAUCAACGAAGAUGGCGUCCUGAACCGCGGCUGCCUGAUGGACACGGAUGACGAGCUCUUUGACGAGUGCUCCAGCGGCAACAGCAGCAGCUGCCAGAUCUGCGGCACCAACGACUGCAACUCGGUGGUGUAUCCCACGGACUGGCUGCAGUGCCUGCGCUGCGACUCCAGCAGCGAUGCCAACUGUGCCACGGCACCCGCCGGCUACGGCAGCUACUGUCGCACCUACGACAAGGACGACGCCUGCGUCACCAGUCUGGCCAAGGGUCGCACGCGACGCGGCUGCCAGUCGGAGAUCAGAUGCGAGGAGAGUCAGGCGGGCAGCUGUCGCAUCUGCGCCGAGGCGAACUGCAACGAUGUGGACCUGCAGGCCGGAUAUGUGGGCGAGCCCGGCAAGUGGCAGGAUCUGCCACUGAGCUGCCACGUGUGCAACGAUACCGCCAGCUGUGCUGCGGUGGGCGCGGCGCCCACCCAGUGCCAGGGCAACAACAAGCAGACCUGCGCCACAGUGUUCAAUGCGCAGGGUCAGGUGGCGGCCAGGGGAUGCAGCGACUCGGUGCUGUCCGCCAAUGCGGACUACUGCGAUCUGAACCGGGACAGCUGUCCGCAGUGCAAGUCGGACGGUUGCAACAACGCCCUCAGUCUGGACUCCUACGUGGACUGCUACUUCUGCGACGCGGAUGAGGACUCCUCCUGCGCCUGGGAGACGCCCACGAGCACCAGGAAGUGCCAGGGUCAGUGCAUGACCGGCCUGUAUCCGCGCAGCUCCGCCGCCGACUCGGCUCUGCUGCCGAUCCGCGGCUGUCUGGACGAUCUCAACGAAGCGGAGCGCACCACCUGCGCCGCGGGCAGCCACGACAAUUGCAAGUCCUGUGCGGGAGCCCGCUGCAACGGCGGCGACAUCAUCGCAAACCCCCAGGAGUGCUACAUCUGCGGCGACUCCUACUGCGAGGAUCCGAUCACGACCAAGUGCCUGGCCUACCGGCCCGACGAUCAAUGCUACCUCGCCUUCAACUCGGGCGACGUGGUGGCCAUGGGCUGUGCCAGCGACUUCGAGACGCAGGUCAUCCAGGAGCUGGUGGCCCAGAAGCUCAUGUUCCUGUGCUCCGGCAGCAACUGCAACUUCUACGACAUCAUUCCCGAUCCGAACAGCUGUCUGCAGUGCAACUCCCUGGUGGACCCGCGCUGCGCCACCAAUCCCAACCAGCUGCUGAACACGACCAUGUGCGCCGACCAGCCCUACACGGAGUGCGUCACCCACAUCGAUUCCCAGGGCACAACCGUCCGCGGCUGCCUCUCCAGCCUCGGCAGCGAUGACUUCUACGGCUGCCUCACCGGCACCCACGGCGGACUCUGCGCCACCUGCACCGGCACCAACUGCAACGGGCUGUCUGUCUUCCCCGCGGAUCGUCGCAGCUGCUAUCAGUGCGACUCCGCCAGCGAUCCCAGCUGCGCCUCGUCUCCAGGCAGCAGCAGCAGCAGCACCGUGUGCCCCGUCUAUGCGGAUGGGGAUACCUGCGUGACGGCCCUGCGCGAUGGCGUCACACACAGGGGCUGUUCGUCCAGUGUGAGCUGCACGGAUCCCAGUGACUCGCGCACGUGCCGCAUCUGCAGCGGCGCCAACGGAUGCAACACCAUCGACUUGGAGCUGAUCAAUCAGGAUGGCUUCCCCGGCACCUGGCAGGAGGUGCCCAUCAGCUGUCUGGCCUGCUCCGGCGCCACAGAGUGCGCCGCCACCUCUGGCGGCAGCCUCGAGACCUGCACCAGCUACGACAACUGUGUGACGGUGUUCGACGCCAGCGGAGCCGUGACCGAGCGUGGAUGCUCCGAGAAGGUAUUCGAGGCAUCCACCUACUGCGAGGAGCAGCCCGCCAAGUGUCCCCGCUGCAACUCCAACGGCUGCAACGUGGCCAGCAGCCAGGACUCGUAUGUCGAGUGCCUGGUCUGUGACUCCAGCCAGAAUUCCACGUGCCUGGCGGCGCCCGCCUCCAUCGGCAGGACGCGCCAGUGCCACGAGAGCUGUGUGUCCGCCUUCCUGCCUCUGUUUGGCGAGACGACGGAUCCCAGCUACGCUCUGGUGCGCAACUGCUACGACGAUCUGGAGAAGGAGGACCGCGACGCAUGCAAGACCGGCAACAAACAAUUCUGCGCCACCUGCGAUGGGGAGAAGUGCAACACGGAGGAUCUGGUGGCCUCGCGGCAGAGCUGCCUGGUCUGCCAGGGCGACGGUUGUCAGGAGCCGCAGUCCGCCACCUGCGCCAACUACAGGGAGAACGACCAGUGCUACAUCCAGUUCGAUGAGCAGCGCUCCAUCAUCGCCCUCGGCUGCCUGAGCGAGUUCAGCCACGCGGAUAUCUACCAGCUGCAGCGCGCCAAGCGGCUGCUCACGUGCAGCGAGGAGGACUGCAACAGCAUUGAGUCUCUGCCGGAGGCCCACACCUGUGCUCUCUGCAGCUCCCGCACGGACGCCAGCUGUGCCAUUGCGCCCGGCAGCGUGACCAGUGCCACCAGCUGCGAGCUGGCGGGUCUGCCCGAGUGCUACUCGCGUGUCCUGGCCGACGGCAGCACCGAGCGUGGCUGCCUGUCCAGCCUGGAGGAGGAUGAGUUCCUUUCCUGUUACAACGGCACCUCCGCCAGCUGCAGCUCGUGCCAGGGUGACGCAUGCAACACGGCGGUGUAUCCCGCCGAUCGCCGCUCCUGCCACGUGUGCAACUCGGAAACUGACGCCAACUGCGCCUCGGCGCCGAGCAGUCUAACCGUGUGCUACCUGUACGAGGCGGAGGAUCAGUGUGUGACCAAUCUGCGCAACGGCGUGACCUACAGGGCCUGCUCCACCUCGCUCAGUUGCGAGGCGGACUCCAAGUCGUGCGUCUACUGCGAUGGUGAUGGCUGCAAUCAGGUGGAUCUGGCCGCCAAGGCCGACGACAACCAUGGCAAGUGGCAGGAUCUGCCGCUGAGCUGUCUGAGCUGCGAGGAAGCCGCCUGCCAGCAGGCGACCAUUCCGAGUGUCAAGUGCCAGGGCAACAACGAGCAGGACUGCCUCACGGUCUUUGGAGCCGACGGCGUGGUCACCCAACGCGGCUGCCACGACGCGGUCGAAGCGAAUGCCAGCGUCGCCACCUACUGUGCCGCCAGCGCGGCCAGCUGCCCCUCUUGCAAGUCCAACAACUGCAACAAUGCCACCGCUCUGAGCCAGUACCAGACCUGCAUCUACUGCGACUCCUUCAAGGAUGCCAGCUGCCUGUGGGAGCCGCUCAGUGCGGGCCACAGGACGCGCCAGUGCCAGGGCGGCUGCAUGAGUGCCCUGUACGGCAGCUCUGACUCCGGACUCGACCUCAUCCGCACCUGUUUGGAUGACAAGGAAGAGACCGAUCGGCUGAGCUGCUCGGCGGGCGGGGAUUCCGCCUGUGCCGCCUGCAGCGAAGACUCGUGCAAUGUGCAGACCCUGCCGGAGGAUCGCCUCAGCUGCUACACCUGCACCGGCGACGACUGCGAGGAUCCCUCGCCCAAGCUGUGCGCCAUCUACAAGUCCAAUGACAGCUGCUUCCUGUGGAUGGACGAGGACAACAGCAUCCAGCAGCUGGGCUGUCUGAGCUCUUUCCGCAACCAAGAUCUGGAAAGUGUCAUCAAGACCAAGCGCAUUGCCGUCUGCGAGGGCGCCAACUGCAAUGCCCCCCAGCUGCCGGUGCCCGUGCAAUGUGCCGUAUGCGACUCUCGCGAGGAUCCCACCUGUGCCACCAAUGCCCAGGCCAUCGGCAGCUUUGACACCUGCAGCCAGCUGCCCCACACGGGCUGUGCCACACGCCUGCUAAGUGAUGGUUCCACCUCCAGAGGAUGUCUGUACGAUCUGUCGCAGUCUGACUUUGCCGCUUGUCUGCUGGGCAGCGAUGCCAACUGUUCUGUCUGCUCAACGGAUGGCUGCAACCGAGAAGUGUUCCCGGCCGAUCGUCAAGUGUGCUACACAUGCACCUCUGAGGACGAUUCCUACUGCGAGUCGAACCCCACCUACGCCUUGGCCUGUGCCUGGGUCAGCGAUGCGGAGACGUGCAAGACCUCCCUGACCAACGGAAAUGUGACCACACGCGGCUGCAGCAGCAGCAGCAGCAUCAGCGGCCUCGACUGUGAUCUGAGCGACUUCCGCAACUGCCGCAGCUGUGUGGGCAGCGAGUGCAAUGCCAUCGAUCUGGCCAAUCGGCAGGAUGAUGGCCAGCAUGGCUACUACCAGGAGCUGCCGCUCAAGUGUCACACGUGCGCGGGCGAGCACUGCAUCAGUUCGCUGGGACCGGCUGUCACCUGUAACCUGAACAUCGAGCAGGACUGCAAGACCGUAUUCGAGGCGGAUGGAGUGACCGUCCGUCGACGCGGCUGCUCGGAUGAUGUGGACGACUACGAGGAUCGCUACUGUCGCCACAAUCCCGAACUGUGCCCCAUCUGCAAGUCCAACGAGUGCAACGAUGCCUGGAACACCGACGAGUUUGUCAGCUGCGUUUACUGCAACUCGGAGACGAAUGCGACAUGCAUCACGGAUCCCACGGAGAGCGACUUGGCAAGACGACAGUGCAAGGGCCAGUGCCUGGUGGCACUGCAUGGCGAGCACCUCAUCCGCAGUUGUCUGGACGACAAGGAGCUCUACGAUCGUGUUGACUGCAGCAGCGAUGAGAGCGGCACCAACUGUGCCGUCUGCGCGGCGGAAAGCUGCAACACCUUCGCCUAUCCCGCGGAUCGGCUCAGUUGCCACAUCUGCGUGGACGCCGCCUGCACGAGCAGCCGCGCCGAGUUCUGUGUGCCCUACGUCACGAAGGACUACUGCUUUGCCAAGUACAACGCCGGGGCCGUGGAGCUGAUGGGCUGCGCCAGCAGCCAGAACAGCACCAGCCUCGAGGAGUGGCAGGAGGCCAACCAGCUGUGGACCUGCACCGGCAAGGAGUGCAACGAUCUGAACCGCCUGCCCGAGGACGAUGAGUGCGUGUCCUGCGACUCCAGCAAGACGUUGGCGUGUGCCCAAGAUCCGGAAGCUGUGAACACCACCCUCACGUGCCACGCGCCCAACUCGAAGUGCGUCGCCCGUCUGGAGAACGGACACACGAUCAGAGGCUGCCAGAGCGCUCUGAGCAACACCGAGGGCGCCGCCUGUGAGGCCAACGGCAGCUGCUCCGUCUGCUCCGGCAACAAGUGCAACACUGGGAUCUUCCCCGCCAGCCGUCGCCGCUGCCACAUCUGCAACUCUGCCGCACAAUUGGACUGCUCCGUGGAUCCCAAUUACCUGGCCGUUUGUCCCAUCUACGACGCCGCCGAUAGCUGUGUCUCGGCCAAGGACUUUGAUGGCUAUCUCAUCCGCGGAUGUGCCAGUGAAGUCCAGUGCGUGAUCACCAACGAUGACUAUUGCGAGGUCUGCCAGACGGAUGGCUGCAACACGGCCAAUCUGCCCGGCGCAGCGGGCCAUCUCUCGGGCAUGGGUCUGGGUCUGACCCUCAUCUUUGUGUGGGCCAUCAGCAUGCUGCGAUAGCCUGCCAUUCCCCGAGAGAUGUGAUCGCCCUGCUGCAUGUACAUUUAGUUAGCUUUAUAGACUAGAAUAUGCUUACAUAAUUAGAUUGCUAUGCCCCAGCCCCCGCGCACAGAUCUUCGAUCGAUCGAUCAACAAACCGAUUUGUAAAUAAACCAAACGAAAA